AUGCGAAGAACAGUCGAUAAGUGUCCUGCCGACAUUGUCUUAGCACCAUCUGGGUGCCCCUUGACUGACCUCGAGUACGCCGACGAUGUUGUUAUAUUCGCGGAAAGCAGUACGAAACUUCAACAUGUUGUCAACCUUGUAUCGAAGCUGGCUGCAGCUUAUGGACUACGUCUACGCCCUGAUAAAUGCAAGCAGAUGUGGAUCUCUUCGAGACCACGAACGGGAAUCAGAGUGGACGGACAACCGAUAGAACUCGUCGAUGAGAUCUGUUACCUAGGCUGUACGCUGAAGAACAAUGGCACCUACGAGAGAGAUGUUCAGCAAAGAUGGGCUAAGGCCACUUCUGCAUUUAACUCCUUAACGAAACGCCUGUGGUCGACCCCCAUCAACAACGAAGUCAAGCUGCGAGUCUACCUAUCCGCAAUUCGCCCCAUCAUGAUGUAA